CAAGAACCACGCAGCGUUAUCGUCAGCAGCCAAACUCUCCAACACUGCCAAAACCCUAAACUUCGCGCUGCGCCUCUGGCCAUCUCCCUUGUUUCCAUGCGCAUUUUCCUUGGAUUGGCGUGGUGUUUGGCGCCUAGCUUUGCCGCGGGAACGCUGCUGGGCAUGAUUCCCCUCCCGGGCUUGCCACCGGAAUGAGGAAUGACCCGGCGGAUGGCACGCACGUUUUUCGGGAAAUACUAUACCCUGAGCACCCAGGCAUAAGCAGUCCCUUGUGGGAUAACUAGCUAGUAGAUAACCCGGUCUGGUGAUCAAGACUCUUCUUUUAUUCCUUUUUGGCUACCUCAAUUGUGCGGGGGAAGCACCCAUGCCAUGUCGCUCCAUGUGCGAUAACACCACUAUCGGCUUGGUAUUAAUAUUAAUACUACUAUUGUUUGUUAUGACUCUUCUACCUCCCCGAGCUUGAAAUCACCCGCACACACAACACACCACAUCACACCACCAUUGAGGAUUGCGGGGGCCCGAUUUCUGGGGCUGGUCAGCCUGCAUCCUGUGCUUAAAGUUUGAUCGAUCUUUUCUAUUUCCCCAGAUAUUUCUUUUCAGUCUCUCAUAUUUCGACCUUCUCUGCUGGCUUCUUCCCUUCCUUCAACCGUCCUACUGGCCGAACUGGCUCUUCUUUAUUUCCCGCUCGCCAAAAGUGCUGUCCAUAUACAAUCUUCCCUAGUUCCCCUCCACCCGCACCAGAGGCAAGCGAGCUAUGCAAAAAUGUGCAAAGCAGUGCAAAACCUGUUUGAAUCUCAGUUGAAAACUCCUGCAAUUCCUCGUUAACUAAUUCAUCCAAUAUAUUGAUUGAUGCGUGGUUUUUACUGAGGUGACUGGAGAUAAUCCUUUCAUACAUUCCCACCUCAAACCGUUGCGCGCGCAGCUAGAACAGUCAGCAUGCCUGCUGUAGAGCUCCUGCGCCGCGAGGAACCGGCGCCGAGAAUUAUCAGUCCUCUACCCGCCGAGAAUCGUGGAGGAGUGAUUUCUUUCUUCGCUUGCAGUCUACUUUCAGUCCUCACCACAGGGCCCUUGGUGGUAUGGCUCGCGUAUCGCCUUAUCUUUUGGAGAUGGUACUACACCAGAUAUCCGGGAAGAAAUCAACUCAUCAUAUUGGUUUUCAACCUUUUAAUCGCGGAUCUGCAUCAGGCCUCGGCCAAUCUGGUCUCUCCUUACUGGCUCCUAAGGAACGAGAUAUCUAUUUAUUCUCCGGCGUGCUUUGCUCAAGGCUGGCUUAUCAAUUUUGGAGAUAUCGCCAGUGGCAUGUUUGUCCUUGCCAUCGCUAUUCAUACCUUUGCGGGCGUGGUCUGGAGGAAAAUGUUGAGCCAUGUGGUGUUCGUGGGAUGCGUCGUUGGCCUUUGGAUGUUCUGCUUGCUUGUCACUGCCCUUGCCCCUGCACUUCAUGGCAGACAUGUUUUCGUUCCGAUUGGUGCUUGGUGCUGGAUUGAUAGCGAGUAUGGAGACCAACGGCUAUAUUUACAUUACUUCUGGAUUUUUGUCACAGAAAUCGGUAUCAUUAUCAUUUACCCAACCCUCUUUUUUAUUAUCCGGCACCGCUUAAAGUCGUCGAAGGAGUUUAGAGUCAACGGCUCGAGACGGCCCAAAUUUAACAAAGUACUAAAGAUCAUGAUCAUAUAUCCAAUCGCCUACAUUGUCAUCUCACUUCCUAUCGCCGCCGGCCGAAUGAGUAUGAUGAAUGGCCGUCACCCGGGAAUGCCCUAUUUCUAUUUUACGGGGAGUCUGUUGAUGUGCUCUGGCUGGGUUCACUCCAUUUUAUACUUCCUUACACGGCGCCGCCUGGUGGAAGCAGACAUCCAAACCGAAAGCGGAUCUGAUAGCAGCAACAGACCCAAUCCCAGCUGCGAUCCCAGGUACGAGAUCCCGCUUACUAUAGGCGGUGGGGGACUUCGAGGCGCUGGUAGCAGACACAAGCCGAGCCCCGCUGUUCUCAAGAAUUCACGAACGCUACAUACGAUUUCAAGCUCCACAGACAAUAUCCUCGACACGGUCGAACUUUCGGAGCUAGGCGAAGCGAACCAAAUGGGAGUAGUCGAAAUCUCAAGUGAGCCUACCAGGGUCACAUCAUACUCAUCCACAUCGUCAUCUAACGGUCAACUAGCGCAGUUCUCCUCCAACAGCGCGCCGAGCAUUAGUACGCCAGCCACAUCGACUCAACGAAAUACAUCGAUGGAUUGGCCUACGCAAUAUCAAGGAGGUUGGGCCAGCUGACGAAGGUUCUCGGAAGGGCCAUACUCCUUCCACCCUGCACAAUGGCAGAUCCUUACUUUUAUUUUUCUCCAUUUCUUCUUUCAAUGUCCUCUUUUUUUGGCACCCCAAAAAUAUUAGUGAUAGUUUAAUUGAUGCGUACUAUGUCACAUGUACCACCACUUUGCGGAUUAAGAAUUUCUCUUCAUGCUUUCCUUUUUAGUUGGUUCUCCUUUCAGCAGGGCGCUCGGUGGAUGGCGGUGAAGGGUUUGCGAGGGUGUUCCGGAAUUUCGUUUUUCUUUUUUCUCCUUUCUAUUAUCCCCACGGUUUAAAGUCAAAUGGGUCAUUUUUCUUGCGCAAAAGCCUGUAUAUAUGUAUGGGACGUUUGGAUUAUAUCUCGCAUUAGAUAGUUCCGCAAGGCCUACUUGUUUGUAUCUUUCAAUACAUUAUGCAUUCCCGAAAGCUUGCCAAGGCGAAACAAUGUUCUUGACCUUCCUCCCACCUUGUCCAUCAGUAGAGCCCUAGUUUUCGGGGGAAUGGGCCGGAAAAAAAAAAACGGACCAUGCCUUUUUUCCAAACUCUGCUGUCCCACUCAGCUUGGUUAUUGUAAUUUUCUCGCGCCAUAGCCAGAGAGGGGUGAUAUCAGGGUUAGUUAUACUUGCCUUCAACGGGGAGGCCUGUAGGUGCAGUCCUGCUAACCUCCAUCAUCCAUCCAAUAGCUUGGAUACGGGUCUGGCUGGGCUUGGAGCUAGAAACGCGUCUACCGUGAACAAUCUUGGAACGUCUGUUUGAU